AUGCUCACCGCUACCGAGAGCGGUGCGAUUGUUUUCCUGCCUGUUCCUGCAUUCUACAAUUGCCCCGCCAGCAUCGAUGACACUGUUAAUCAGAGCGUCAGGGAAUUGCUAGAUAUGUUUGGUGUGGACACUGGCAACGUCGAACGUUGGACAGGCUUGUCCUGGCUAGGGUACGGCCAACUCAAGCCUGACACAACCAUUUGA